CAGGCGCCCCUGCCUUUGUGGAUUCUAGAACAUUUCUGGCCCUUGGUUGGGUGGGAAGGCAUGUGGACCUGGAGAUCCGGCGCACCGGGUGUGGGAGGCCCCAGCGGCUCUGGACGGCAGCUUGGAGGGACCCCUGAGCCCCUCGGCCCCCCAGGACCGGCUGCGGAGGACCGAGCCGCCACCGUCCUCCAGCGCGCCCUCCGGCAGCUCCUGGCCAGAAAGGAGCUGGCCCGCCGCCAGCGGGCGCACCAGGCCCACCAGCGGCAGAGGGCGGUGAGGCCGGCCUGCGCGGCAGUGGGGGCAGCCAGGGCCGCCGGAACUGGGGCGGGGGCUCCCUCGGUCCGGGCCGGCCCGCAGGCCUUCGUGGCCCUGGGGCGGAGGGAGCGGGAGGCGGCCUUCGACCGCGACGUGGGCGAGAUCCAGGCGGUCCUGCGGCAGGUGCGCCGGCUGACCCGCGAGGGCGUGGGCCACGACGAGGCGGGGGCUGCGCGGCGCCGGCGGCAGCGCGUGGCCCCGGGGGGGAGCGAGGGCUGCAGCGGGAACACGCCGCCGUCGGAGGCGGCGGCCGGCGGGCAGCCCCUGGCCAUCCAGCCGCUGGCCGAGCAGGGCGCCAGCCCCAGCAGCAAGGUGGGCGCGGGGCCGGCGCCGCAGUACCGAGCAGCUUUCGGGGGGCACCUGGAAGCCGUGGAGGUGCGGCUGAAGCUCGGAGCCGGCCCCCGGGUGUACGCGGAUGACGGUAGCACGCCGGAGCCGGUGUGUGUGGGAGCGUGGCCAGGAGCACCCCCUCCCCUGCAGCGGCCGCCCCUUACCGCUCCUGGAGGGGGGUCGUGCGGGCCCCGACGGCUAGGGAAGGGAACUGCAGGGUGGGCGCCGGCUGUGCCACAGGCAGUGGAACGCCCGCAGGGGGCCUGGGGGACUGGCCAGCGGGGGUGUGGAGCGGGGAGGGGAUCCGGCAAAGGGAUGGAGAGGCCAGAGGACCUUUGGGUGUCUCAUUCUGGGGGCAGCUGCACCAUGAUAAGGCUUUGGGGCCAUGUUUCUGCCAGUUGGCGCCCUUUUGCCGUAAAAUGCGAGAGCGAGGCAGAGCGUGGCACACACGCUGAGCUCCCGGCCAGUGUCGUCUGUGCCUCGGUGGCCUCCCUGGACACCGUGGCUGGUGUGCUGAGGUCGUGGGACCUGAGCCUCACGGAGGCCAUGCUCCAGAUCAUGGAGGCCGAGCGGCGGCGGGGGGCUGGGGAGGCAGGGAGAGCCUCUGAUGACCGGGCCCCCCGCCCCCCCCCCCCCCCCCCCCCCCCCCCCCCCGGCAUGAACCUCAACGUCCCGCAGUUGGCAAGGGCACAGCAGCAGCGCACACGCGGGUGCGCGGCCCCCUGGCGCAGGGACGGGGGUGGGGACGGCAGGCUGGCCCUGGCCUCAGAGGGAUGGAGCGGGUCUGGAGGGCAGCGGGCCAGGCCGGCCCGUCCCCGCGCCCAGCUGCAGCGGGCCUACUGUGAGCUCGCCGGAGGAUCGCCGAGCGCGGAGUGUGAGCCGAGCUGCCCAGGCCGGGCUGAGCUCGCCCUGCAGGCCAUCGGGGACGCAGAGACCCAAGUGGACCGGCUUUGGCUGGAGGCCCGGAAGGCCGAGGAGACGCUGGCCAUGGCCAGGCUAGAGCUGCGGAAGCAGACCCAGGAGGGGGAGGAGGUGGUGCCCGGGCUGAAAUGCCGGGUCACCGAGCUGCACGACGUCCUAAUGAAGGAUGUGGGCGACCGCAUCUGCGCCGAUGGCCGGUCAGUGGUCGGGCUUGAGUGGGACAGCGGGCGGAGGGUUUGGGUGGGCAGCGGUGACCUGGUGGCCGCUCCCAGGUGGCCUCUUGUCAUCGACCCUUCGGGCCAGGCAGCCACCUUCCUGCGCUACCAGGACACCAACUACGUGGACGCAGUGAACCCUGCGCACCUGCGGCCGGACAGGAUCUGGCUGGCGCUGCUGGGGGCGCUCAGGUACGGGAAGCCGCUGGUGUUCUACUUGCGCGAGGCGGACCUGCUCCCCGUGGUGCGGAGGCAGCUGGAGGCCGUGCGGCCAGGGCUGGCGCGGGAGCUGCUGAGCCGGGGGCUCCUGGAGCGGGAGGGCUACCUGUCGCUGCUGCGGCCUGCCCACGAGCCUGAGUACAGCCCCUCGCGCUUCCAGGCGGCGCGCCUGGGGCACUUCCGCGUCAUCUUCGUCACCGAGACCCAGUGGCCACCGGCCGAGCAGCUGCAGCUCCCUGUGUGGGCGCUGCGCCCCCCGGGGGCCCCUAGGGCCGAGCCCCAAUAAAGCUUGGGCCGCCG